CUGAGAGAGAAGAAAGAGACAAGGAGUUCCAUUUCUGCCACCGAGAUCUGUCUCCCCAGUCUCCCCUGAUCAGGGUUUCUUCUUCCUUAUCCACUCUCCCAAUCCUACGAGAGCUGCGAAUAAUUUCGUUCGGAAACCCUGGUGACCUAGUUUUCUUUAGGUAUCAGAUCGAGAACAAACGGAUUUCAGCAGGAUUCUUCGCCUCCGGAUCUUGUUCUUGAAUUCCUCGUUCAGGAUGUUGAAGGAUUUGAGGACAUUUCGCCAAAGUUCGAGCUCCAGCAGGGCUCCCACCCCCGAGACUAAUAAUGAAAACCUCCCCCCGGUGGAUCCAUGCGAUUCGUCGUCCUCGCGGUUGGAAUCCGAUCCAUCUCGGCCUCCUCUGCUAGCGAUCCAGGAGCCGGUGCAGAACCCCAAGAUCGGGUUCGAUCAAGGCGCGAUUUUGAGAGGAAAACCGGAAGCAACGACCUCCAAGAACCAUACCAAGGGUUCGGAUUUGCCUGGCUUGCCGUUUCGCACCCCAGAGAGAAUGGUAGCUCGGCACAGGCUCAGCUUGUGCCCGAAGAGUCAGCCUGGAGUGAUCGGUAGGGAGACUGAUGACGAUUCUAGCUACAGAGGUCCUGGAAACCAAUUCCCGCCGCUGAGCCGUGGCGGAAGAUUAGGCCUCGGGGAUGAACACGGCUUGACUACUACCCUUACGUCUAAGACGGCUGCGAAGGCAUCGUCCAUGCAAUCGGAUUGCAGUUCCACUCAGAGCACUCCGACGAAGAGUGCUAUCAGGCUUGCCAACUAUGGGUUCGGCAAAUCCCGCCCUCCAAUUAGUGCAGGGACUCGAACAAUGAGCCUUGGAGUGACAUCAAGACCGACACAGAUUUCGUCCAUUCCUCCUGUUGUGGAUUCAGUUGAAGUUCCUCACUUCGAACUCCAAGAGGAUCCAUCAUUCUGGAUGGACAACAAUGUGCAGGUUGCAAUUCGUGUUCGUCCUCUCAAUAGCACAGAGAAAAGCCUGCAAGAUUUUCGCAGAUGCUUGAAGCAAGAAAGUGCUCAUAACAUAACUUGGAUUGGGCAACCAGAGACCCGAUUCACAUUUGACUAUGUAGCAUGUGAAACAAUAAAUCAGGAGAUGCUUUUCCGAGUUGCUGGUCUGCCGAUGGUUGAGAAUUGCAUGUCUGGAUAUAAUAGUUGUGUGUUUGCAUAUGGACAGACCGGAAGUGGGAAGACAUAUACAAUGCUUGGUGAGAUUGGAGAGCUGGAAGUGGAGCCUAACCUGAACCGUGGAAUUAUACCAAGAAUAUUUGAAUUCUUGUUUGCAAGAAUCAAAGUGGAGGAAGAAAGCAGGAGGGAUGAAAAACUUAAGUAUAGCUGCAAAUGUUCCUUCCUUGAGAUUUACAGUGAACAAAUUAAUGAUCUUCUUGUCCCCUCAUCCAGCAAUCUGCUUUUGAGAGAAGAUAUCAGGAAGGGUGUCUAUGUUGAAAAUCUUACUGAAUAUGUAGUCAAGAAUGUCAAUGACAUUCUUAAGCUUCUUAGACUGGGUGCUGCAAAUAGGAAAGUGGCAGCUACAAAUAUGAAUCAUGAGAGCAGCCGUUCACACAGUGUUUUUACCUGUACAAUAGAGAGUAGAUGGGAGAAAGAUUUGACAGUGAACUCACGUUUUGCAAAGCUAAAUCUAGUGGAUCUGGCUGGCUCAGAAAGGCAGAAAACUUCAGGUGCUGAGGGCGAACGCCUAAAGGAAGCUGCAAACAUCAACAAAUCCUUAUCAACACUUGGUCAUGUUAUAAUGGUUCUCGCUGAUAUGGCUCAUGGGAAGCAAAGACAUGUUCCAUACAGGGAUUCGAAACUUACGUUUCUUCUUCAAGAUUCUCUUGGUGGCAACUCCAAAACUAUGAUUAUUGCAAAUGUCAGCCCUUCAAUAUGCUCUGCUAAUGAGACUCUAAGUACCCUUAAAUUUGCUCGGCGCGCAAGACUCAUUCAGAACAAUGCUGUUAUAAAUGAAGAUGCUUCAGAAGAUGUUAUCGCAUUGCGGCACCAAAUACGUUUAUUAAAGGAGGAACUUUCAGUUCUAAAGCGUCAAAAUGUCUCCAGAUCUCUAUCAUUUCGUUCAGCAAUUUUUGAAGACUCUAAGGGUGAAUUUUGUGAUGCUUCUGCAAUAGAGAAGUUGCCAGAAGUUACUAAAACAAACGCUGAUGAGUUGCAGACUGAUGGUUUGAACAGUUUAAAAUCAUUGGAGUCAAUCUUGGCUGGUGCAUUGCGAAGAGAAAAAAUGGCAGAUACUACAAUUAAGCAACUCGAAGCUGAAAUUAAGCAGUUGAAUUGCCUGGUUCAUCAAAGAGAGGAAGAAAGUCGAAGCAAUAAAAUGAUGCUUAAGUUUCAAGAAGACAAGAUUUUCCGUUUGGAAAAACUUUCAGAAUGCCAAGUGCCAAUUGACUCAUACUUACUGGAAGAAAAACAUGCCCUUUCUGAAGAGGUACAAUUGCUUCGUGCCAGAGUUGACAGGAAUCCCGAAGUGACACGCUUUGCAUUGGAAAAUGUCAGGCUCUUAGACCAACUGCAAAGGUUCCAGGACUUCUACGGAGGAGAAAGAGAAUAUUUGUUAGCUGAAGUAUCCGAGUUACGCAACAAGCUUAUGCGAGUGCUUGAUGCAAAAGCUGAACUUCAUAAUCUCCAAAAGUCAGAUAUGGAAACCCAGUUAAACGAGACCUAUCAAGAAUUAGAAAGCUGCAGGUGUGACCUUCAAUCUUGCUUAGAAAGAAAUCAAAGACUCACUAGGGAGACGAGCAAUCUGCAUGUUGAAUCAAAGAACUGUAGCUCUGCAGACAGUUACCAAUAUAUCAGUGCUGCACAUCAGAAAAAUGAACUGUUAUCAGAAUCAUCCCAAACAGAUUCUCAGGUCUCUGAAAAGAGGAUAGAAUGCUCGCACGAACAUGUAAUGAAGCAUAAAGAGGAAAUUUUAAAUUUACAGCUGGAGUUGGAUAUACUGAAAAUCAUCCUUGCAGAGGAGAAGUCAUCUCGUACAGAAGUAGAGGAAAGCGCUAAUUACACAAAUAAUGAGCUCAAAUCAGCAAAUAGAAGGGUUUUAUAUAUGAGUAAGCAGUAUGAAGACAUAGAAAAUGAAUUGAAAGAUGCAAGAUCCAUCAUUGAGAGGCUUAAAUUAGAAAACAUCCUUCUGGUGAAUGAGAUGGAAGAUGCAAAGAAAAAGAGCAACCAGCAAGUGGAGCUUCUAAAGAAAAAAGUGCAGGAGAUAUCCCUACUGAGAAGCCAACUUGACAGUCCUUCGAGUGAGGUAGAAAAACUAUCCCUUCUCCAAGAGGAGCCAAAAGGUGUUCCUUCUGAACAUCAUGAAAAUGCAGACUUCCAUUUGCAAAUGAAACUGAGAAGAAUGCAAGCUUCUCUAGAAAAGACAAGAGAUUUGAACAUAAGCUUCCAAAGUGAUCAGGUGUCACAAACAUCUCUUGAACAAGAAAUGGAGGAAAUCCGUAGACAGGUUGAGAUUGAGACUGCUGAGGCAAUUAUAUGCUUGCAAGAGGAACUUGUAGUACUUCAAAAUCAGGCAGAUGGCAGCAAAAGAAAUGAAUCUAUCACUAAGCAAAGCCUGAUGGCAUUAGAAACCAAAUUGAAAGAGCUACAAAUACAGCUAUGUCUGGUGAUGCAGGAGAACAAAAAGCUUGGAGACUUGGUUAUAGAGAAAGACAGGGAAUUAAGAUCAUUGACCGAAGAUUGGGAAAGAUUAGCAUAUGAUAUUGCUGAUGUCCUUGCUGAUGGAAAUACAUCCCUUGAAGAAGCUACUGAUCAGGUUGUUUCCAUGUCUGACUGCUUUCUGCAAAGGAGUUGGAUAGGUGAGCAGGUUGGGAGGAUGAUAAGGAGUCUUUCCGAAAGAGAUCUGGUUAUUGAAGAACUUCAGAAAUGCUUGGAGGAGGCAUAUAAUACUAGGUGUGAUAUAGAGUGGAAGUUGAGGUCAUUAAGGGGAGCAACACUUGCUAUAUAUGAAGCUCAACAGCUGGAGAAUAAUGAAAAAGAAAGAGAGAUUCUUCGAUUGACCUCAGAGAUAACAGAUAAGAUGUUUAAUAUAAACCAAUUAGAAAACCGGAUUAAAGAUAAUGAUGAGCAAAUUAAGAAAGCUCAGUUAGGUGCAACUGUUGCGUUCGUGACUGUAAACAAGUUAUCUGAGAAGAAUAAAGCACAUCUUCAGGAGAUUGAGCAUGUAAAAUUUCUGCUUGAUGAGUCUAAAGAAGUUGUUUCAGAGAAGGACACACUCCUAAAUCACCAAAUUUCUAUGCGUGCUGAUGCUGAGAAAAAAAUUCAAGACCUUAGCACACAAUUGGUGCAAUAUCAGGAGCACAUUGCUGAACUACUAAAGAUUUCUCAAAACCAGGAAAGAGCACAAGAAUUGGAACAACUGAAAAAGGAAGAGGAUGUCGUGUUAACUGCCGAGGCAGAAAAUUUUCCUGAAGUUAAAAGAACUAUAGAUGAGUUUACUUGUACAAGUGACUCUUCUGGAAAUGUUGAUGGCCCGGCAGAAGUGCAGAGUUCUGAAAAAUAUACUUCUGGAAGUGCAUACUACAUUGCUAAGGACCAUGUAAUAUAAUGCUCUUGAUGUCUGAUAGUCAGGAAGCCUUUAUGAACUUGUGCCAGUCCUCUUGUCCAUAAAAAUUUGAACUAAGAAAGAUGUUGUGAAUUUAGAGCAGCAAAAUCAGCAUUUGCUCUGAAUGUAUCAGAACACUUUCACGAGAGACAGUCGAUUAUUCUCCAUCCGAAGGAGCUAGAAAUGCACUCAUUUACAGGAUGUACAAAAUCUAAUCAUUCAACUACAGAAAGAAAAAAGAAUAAAUUUGGAAGUCUGAGAAACAUAGCCAAGCAUCGAAAAACUGACAAUUGAUGUUCUUCAAUUGAAAUAUGAGGUUGUUAACAAGGAAAAUAGUCGAAACUUGGAUUGCUACGGUUGGGAAACAAGCUGCAGGAGGUUGGGGAAAAUGCUAUGGAAUCUAGUGCAUGUUGGCGCACGACCAAAAAGCUGGUCGAGAACGAGCCACAGUGUUAACUUUCACCCACUCCGAAGUGGUCAUCUGUGCAAAUUAUCUUCUCCCCACUUUCAAAGCACUUCAGCUUGAGAUCAAAGAUCGAGGCCACCCAUGUUCCUCGAGGAAUGAUUCGAGAUGCUGAUAUGAUGGUCAACUUGUUCAUACAAGCAAAUGAUACUUCAAAAUGAGAUUAAAGAGAGGCUUCAGAACACUGAGACCAAACCAAGGAACAGUUUAAUCGAUGCCAUUCAGGAUAUACAAAUUUCCUUCAGUACAAAGGAGAAACAAAUAUGCAUCCUUGGAGAAGAGUUCAAGUUGAAUCUUAGAAUCAAUGAGUGUAAUUCUAGAGCUAGAAGAUGGUUGCAGAAUCUACAGAUUGCCUCUACUAAGAAAUUUUAGUCUUUGGCGUGUGGCAAGAAGGCUUCUGCAACAUGGGAUUUCUCUAGAAUUUUAACCGCUAAAGAACCCAUGAAUUUGUAUGGUUGAGUCAUAUGAUUGAUUAAUCUGCUAAUUAUAUUGAGUUA